GGAAAGAACAAAAAAAAAUGAAUAGCGAAAACGGAAUUAAUCUUGAGUCGUCUCUCUUGGGUUUCUGUAUGUUGAAUGACUUUUCAUGUUACAAAGAACAUGGAAUUUUGAUGAGAAAUGAUGAAGAUUUUUUAAAGCGAAGAAAUCAAGUUAUUUUAAUAAGUGGUGGAGGUGCGGGACAUGAACCGGGACCUGCUUUUGGUUUUCUUGGAAAAGGAAUGCUUUCGUCUGGUGUUUCUGGGGAUAUUUUCACAUCGCCAUCAGUCAUGAGCUGUUUAGCUUCGAUAUUGAUAAUUAACGAUCCAAACCGUGAGAUUCUCUUCAUUAUUAACAACUACACUGGCGACCGAUUAAAUUUUGGAUUAGCAAUUGAAAUGGCUAAAAAUAUUCACAACUAUCAACAUAUUAAACUGCUAAUUGUUGACGAUGAUUGCUCGAUUGAUAAUCCAAGUCAAUCAACUGGACGUCGGGGAUUAGCUGGAAUUAGUCUCAUCAAUAAAAUCGCUGGUGCAAUGAAUGAGAAAGGAUCACGUUUAAAUGAAAUUCAUGACUUUUGUCUUCGUUUACUUGAGAAAAGAUGGAUACGAACAAUCGGAUACUCUUUUCAUCAUGACAAAUCUUCAAGCAUUCUGUCCGAUAUUGAAAUCGGUUACGGUAUUCAUGGAGAGGCUGGAUCGAUAAAAAUUGAAAAGGAAAAAAGUUUCAAGCCUAUUAUUGGCAUCAUGAAGGAGAAAUUGAGAUUAAAUGAUGUGAAAUCGGAUGCGGUGAUUCUAUUCAACAAUUUAGGCGGAGCAUCUGAAUUCAUUUUCAAUCAUUUCGUGAAGGAAUUUACGGAAGUGAUUGAAGGAUUAUCUUCAUUGCGGGUCGUUCGAAUAUAUGCGGGAAAGUUUUUAACAUCGUUGUCCAAAGAAGCUUUGUCAGUGACAUUGCUAGAAGUCCACGAUUUGAAAUUGAUUGAAUAUCUUGAUUUGCCUGUCAAUGUCCCUUGUAGUUAUCUCUUCCAGCCAUUUACUUUACAAAAAUUACAUUUAAAAGUCUUUCCUAUGCCGCAAGGGAUAAAGUUCAUCACGAAUGACAACAAUAAAGUUACUGCAAAUAUUUUGACUUCAAUUUGUGAAGCUGUUCUUGAUAUCAAAGAAUAUUUAAAUGAACUUGACUCUGAGUUUGGCGAUGGUGACACUGGAACAACAUUAAGUCGAGGGGCUGAAGCAUUAUUGAAAGAAUUGCAAUCACAUCGAUUAAAUGUUUGUGACCCUCACGAGAUGCUCCUACAAAUCAGCACAAUUCUCAUGAGUUCAAUGGGAGGAACGAGUGGAGCUAUUUUCUCAAUCUAUUUUCAAUAUGCAUCAAAAGCAUUUGUUUCUUUCAAAAAACACUCCAUUGAAUGUUGGAUGGAAAGCUUAUUAUUAGGAAUCGAUGGAAUUAUGAAGCAUGGAAAGUCAAGAGUUGGCGAUCGAACUUUACUUGAUUCUCUUUAUGCUGGUCUGUUGGAAAUGAAAAGCAGCUUAGAAAGUUCAAAGGAUUUGAAGAUUCUUUCGAAGGUUUUUGCGAUGGGCUGCGAGAAAGGGACAAAUUCAACAAGAGACAUGCCACCAAGAAGCGGAAGAGCAGCUUACACUCAAGGCAACACACAAAAUGGUAAGGACUUCAAAGGAAAGUAUCCAGAUCCAGGAGCCUUCGAUGUUCAAAUUAUUUCCAAAACAAUCUCUGACACUUUCUCACUAUAA